GUGUGUGUGUGUGUGUGUGUGUGUGUGUACACGGAUCCUCUCCUUCAUGAUCUUAAUAUACAAUUCAUAUAGUUUUCACAAGCGGUCAGCAAGGAUUUAUUUUUAUAAUCUUCCGCCAGUCUUUUUCUUCAACAGAUGAUUUACACGUCUCCUCUUAAACCAGUCACUCUAACAUGAACACCAACUUCCGCCUUGAACCUCACGAACAAAAUAAAAAGUGGAGAAGACACACACGCACAUUGACCUUGUCGUAGUAUGCAUGUAUAUAAAGCUGCAGCAGAAGCAUUGUCCUCACUAAAUCUUCUUCACUUGUUCAGAGAGGAUUAUUUUCUCACAUCUCGAAGUCUCGAAAUACAUGAUGAAUUUCGUUUUUGUGCUCUUGGCGUACCUGAUGGCCGCCGUGGCCGCCGCCCCUCAGUUCACUCGACCCAACCUUCCGGAUCGACCCUUCGUCGCCAUCCUGAGGGACGAGCGACAAGAUCAGGGCGACGGAGCCUUCAACUACGUCUUCGAAGCCGCCAACGGAAUCCGCGAGUCCCGCGUGGGCUACCCCGGAUCCAAGGGCCAGACCAACAUGCAGGGAUCCUACAGGUUCCCCCUCGACGACGGCACCUUCGCCGAGGUUCGCUUCGUCGCCGACGAGUUCGGAUUCCGCGCCGAGUCCCCCCUCCUUCCAACCCCCCACCCCCUCCCCGCUCACGCUGUCGAGCAGAUUCGCGUCGCCGAGGAGCAGCGACGUCGCGGAAUUCAAUUCUAACAAAGUAUCAGAUCGCGAUAGAAAAAAAAAAUGAUUAAAAUAUUCCAGAAGAAGUGUUCUUGUGUGAAUUAAACAAUAAAUAAAUUCGGAAAUGGUAAUGAAUUCUCAUGCUUUACUCAACACUAUGUAAUAUUUGCCUAUUAUCACCAUAGUCUCUAAGCCUCUCGAAGUAUCAGGUUAGAAACAAGCCCGCAAUAAAAUACACAAACCUUA